AUGGCCACCGCCACCGCCUCUCCUUCGUUACAUGCUUCUUCUUCUGCUGCACCCACAAAAGAUAUUAUCUCCCGAAAUUAUUAUAACAAUAAUAAUAAUAAUAAUGUUAACACUUGCGGUUCUGGUCGUCCUAGGUUGUCGGAGGUUUGGAGAGAGGUCCAUGGAGCAAACAACUGGGAAGGUUUAAUGGAGCCUCUCGACCCACAUCUCCGGCUAGAGAUCAUCCGGUACGGCGAGUUUGUGACGGCGUGUUACAAAGCCUUCGAUCUCGACCCGAACUCGAACCGUUACUUGCAUUGCAAGUACGGCAAGGGGAGCAUGUUGAGGGAAGUGGGUCUAGGCGGGUCUGGGUACGAGGUUACUAAGUACAUCUACGUUCUCCCCGACAUCGGCAUUAGCUUAUCCUCCGGCGGCGGAGAUGUGGCGCGGUGGAUUGGCUACGUGGCGGUGUGUACGGACGAGGAGGAGGUGAAGAGACUAGGCCGGCGGGACGUGCUGGUCACGUUCCGGGGAACGGUGACGCAUUCGGAGUGGAUAGCCAAUUUAAUGAGCUCUCUCACGCCGGCAAAACUCAACCCGUUUGAGCAAAUCGACGACGUGAAAGUCCAAGCCGGAUUUCUCAGCCUGUACACGUCAUCCAACGAAGCGGAAUCGCGGUGGGGGUUAGGUAGUUGCCGACAGCAACUGCUUUCGGAGAUUUCGAGGAUAUUAAAUGAGUACAAAGGAGAGGAGCUUAGCAUCACCCUCGCCGGCCAUAGUAUGGGGAGCUCUUUAGCCACUCUUUUAGCGUACGACAUAACCGAGCUCGGGAUGAACUCCGGCGAGAUCCCCGUGACGGUGUUUUCGUUUGCGGGGCCCAGGGUGGGGAACUCCGGGUUCAAGGACCGGUGUGAGGAGUUGGGGGUUAGGGUUUUGAGGGUGGUGAAUGUGAACGACCCCAUAACCAAGCUCCCCGGAGUUUUCUUCAACGAGAAUUUUAGGGUUUUUGGGAUGGAGAGAUUAUCUUGCUAUGUCCAUGUUGGGGUCGAGCUUUUGUUGGAUUUUUUCAAGGUUCAUGAUCCGUCAUGUGUGCAUGACCUAGAGUCUCAUAUCAACUUGCUUAGAUGUCCCACCCGGAGGGACGACGGCGGCAGCGCCGGAGAUUUCCAUUUCCUCCGGCUGGCCAAGGAGAUGUUCCGUUCCGGUGAGAAAAACAUCGCCGGAUUCCAAUGGGAAUGGACCAAAGCUGCCCUUUGUUGCUCAUCCAUCUUCAUCGUGUCGUCUCCGCACCAUCCAUCCAUCUCCUCCAUCCAUCUCUUCAUCGGACCGCCGACGCCGACGCAACCAUUCCCGCUGCAACUCGCCACCGUCGUCGUCCUCGAGCAACCUCCUUCGCCGCUGCAACUUCAGGCCGCCGCUGCACCGUCUCCUCCCCGCCGCUGCAACUUCAAGCCGCCGCCGCUUCACCCUCUCCUCCCCGCCGGUGCACCGUCUCCUCCCUACCGCUGCAUCGCGUCGCGCCUCCGCCGCCGUCACUACGCCAUUGACGGAGGCUUUGAUCCACGAACGGGCAAGGCCUCCUUUGGUGUUAUCAUCCUCUCACCGGUAGGUGGGUUUGUUGCUGCUGCAAACGGACCUCUUCGGAAUUGCUCUUCUCUAUUAAUGGCUGAAACCAUGGUGUGCAAAGAAUCUCUCACUUGGCAUGUAAUGUUUGAUGAGACGGUUUAUCCCUUUGCUACUAAAAAUAUUGUGCAGUCUUCUCAACCUGUGCAACAUUACCAAUGGGCUGAGUCUGUUCUUCGCCCCACUGCAGCAGCUGCUCCGUCCCUCGGCACGGUCGACGUCGCACCCAGCCCCAGCAGCGACGAUCCCGCGCCGUCUCCACCGCCACACGCAACCGAUGAUCCACUGGGCUUGUCCGAGCAUGAGCCGCAUGAAUAG